CUGAACCACGGACCUGUAAAAUGUGGGGCCUGACGCCCUGAACACGGCCCUUGUUCCCUGAACCCGCCCCGGCGCCGCGGGAGCCUGAGCUCCGCGAUAGUGGGGGUGGGUCUUAUCUCGCGACCGCUGCGGGGCGAGGCCUGCGACCCGCCGUCUGUUAUCCCACAGUGUUCUGACCCACCCCCCUCCGGGAGGCAGUCAAUUCCAUUCCGGACCCAGCAGGCAGUGGUGCCAUGGGCCGCCCCGUGGUCGUGCUGGGCGGGGGCAUCAGCGGCCUGGCCGCCUGCUUCCACCUGACCCGGGGGGCGCGGCCCCCCAAGGUGGUGCUGGUGGAGGCCAGUGAGCGUCUGGGAGGCUGGAUCCACUCUGUGCGAGGGCCCGACGGCGCAGUCUUUGAACUGGGCCCUCGAGGGAUCCGGCCGGCGGGAGAGCUGGGAGCCCGGACCCUGCUCCUGGUGUCUGAGCUCGGCCUGGAGUCAGAGGUGCUGCCGGUCCCGGGACACCACCCCGCAGCCCGGAACCGAUUUUUGUACGUGGAUGGCUCUCUGCACGCACUGCCCUCGGGCCUCAGGGGCCUUCUCCGCCCUUCACCUCCCUUUUCCAAGCCUCUACUUUGGGCUGGGCUUCGGGAGUUGACAGCACCCCGCAGCAAAGAUCCUGAUGAGACUGUUCACAGUUUUGCCCUGCGGCGCCUUGGACCAGAGGUGGCAUCCCUGGCCAUGGACAGUCUCUGCCGAGGAGUGUUUGCAGGCAACAGCCAGGAGCUCAGCAUCCGGUCUUGUUUCCCCAGUCUUUUCCAAGCUGAGCAAAGCCAUCGUUCUGUUCUACUGGGGCUGCUGCUGGGAGCAGGGAAGCGUCCACAGCCAGACUCAGCUCUCAUUCAGAAGGCCCGGGCAGAGCGCUGGAGCCAGUGGUCACUCCGAGGAGGACUGGAGACACUACCCCAGGCCCUGGAUGCCUAUCUGACAAGCAAGGGGGUCACAAUUCUCAGGGGCCAGCCAGCCUGCAGUCUCACCCUCGAGGCAGGAGGAUUCUGGAAGGUGUCUCUAGGGGACAGCAGCUUGGAGGCCAACCAUGUCAUCAGUGCUGUCCCUGCGCCAGUGCUCAGCCAGCUGCUCCCCCUCAAGGCUGCUCCCUUGGCCAGCACACUGGCCACCAUCACUGCUGUGUCGGUGGCUGUGGUAAACCUGCAGUACCAGGGUGCUCAGCUGCCUGUCCAGGGAUUUGGGCAUCUGGUGCCAUCCUCUGAAGAUCCAGGUGUCCUGGGGAUUGUCUAUGACUCAGUGGCCUUCCCUGAGCAGGAUGGGAGUCCCCCUGGCCUCCGAGUGACUGUGAUGCUGGGAGGCUCCUGGUUACAUGCACUGGAAGCAGGAGGUCAAGUCUUAUCACAGGAGGUGUUGGGACAGCUGGCCCAGGAAGCUGCGGCCACACAGUUAGGACUUAAGGAGCCACCAAGCCGCUGCCUGGUCCACCUGCACCAGAACUGCAUCCCCCAGUAUACGCUUGGGCACUGGCAGAAGCUGGAGAUGGUCACCCGCUUCCUGGCUGCUCAGAAGCUGCCCCUGACUCUGGCAGGAGCCUCCUAUGAGGGAGUCGCGGUGAAUGAUUGUAUAGAAAGUGGGCGCCAGGCAGCAAUUCAUGUCCUGGGUGCAGACCCCAACAGCUGACUACCCCCACUGCACUGUCCUGCAGCAGGGACCCUCCAACCCAGCAAAUAAAGUGCUUGGCUUAGUCUGUU